AUGCGAGUUUUCGUCAUUUUGUUACUUCUUAUCGGCGCUGUAGCUGUUUCAGCUAAAAUGGGUCGUCCACCACCACCGCGUCAUCCACCUCCUCCGCCUCCACCACCUCCGCGUUCGCCAUUCUCUUACGGUUGGUACGGAAACUUGGGUCGUGGUCUAUUUGGAGAUGUUAUCAUCGUUGAUGAUUUUGUUCCCAGAGCACGAAUGAAAAUAUUUAUCGUUUGGUUACUUCUUGUCAGCAUUCCACCUGUUUUCGCGCAAUGGGGAAUGGGCAUGAUGGGUCCAUAUGGAAUGGGAGGCAUGGAUGGUUUCGGGAUGAUGGGUGGAUUCGGUCCAAUGGGUGGCUUCGGCCCGAUGGGUGGAUUUGGUCCGAUGGGUGGUUUUGGUGGCGGUUGGUGGAGGAAAUGA